AUGCCUCGCUCCGCGGGCAACCCGAACAUGGGCAGCAGCAUCGACGCGUCCGGCAGCAACAUGGGCGCCGUCCACGCGUGGUUCAGGCCUGCCGCCGACGGCGCCGGCCAGAAGAAGGAGAGGGCGGGUGAGAAGCAGCAGGCCCGGCUCCGCGUGAGCGGGCUCGUCGCCAGCGUGAGCGCGGCGCAGGUGGAGGAGUUCUUCUCGCGCUUCUACUCCACGGUCGACAGCGUGCAGCUCGAGCGCGGCCGCGGCUCCGCCGUCGUGCAGUUCCGCUUUGGGGGCGAGCGAGACAAGGCGCUGGUCGAGCUGCAGAGCCGCGAGCUGCACGGCUGCACGAUCACGCUGAGCAAGGUCUUGUCGAUGCUGCUGCGGCGGGAGACGGCCAAGGCUGCGCGCGACUUUCGCGGCGCCGACGCGCUGCGUGACUCGCUCAAGCGGAGCGGCGUGCUCAUCGACGAGGGGUCUCGCACGUGGCGGGCGGACGACGGCCGCUCCGGGAUGCUUCCGCCGCGCCAGGCCGCACCCGCGACGGGGCACGCACGCGGCCAGCACGGCGUCGCAAGGUUUGACGAGGCGCGCACGCUGUGCGCCCCGCUCGGGGAGGGGUCGUACGGGACGAACACGCUCAGCCGCAUCUUCGCCCCCUUCAACGUCGAGUCGGGGCCGUACGGCCUCGCAACCAUGACGGCGUGGGUCGAGCAAGGGGCCCUGCCCGCCGACACCCCCGUCUCCGGCGAUACCGCCUCCACCGAGGCGGCCUCCGCCGAUGCCGCGCCAGCGGGGGGUGACGGGACGGAGGGCGCCGCUGAGUCCGUCGGUGUCGCCGCUGCCGAGGAGGAAAGGCCCGCCGAGGCCCCUUCCAGCGAGCGGCAGUCGAAGAAGCGCAGCCGAGCCGUCGCCGAGGCUGCGCCCGCGCCGGCCCCUUCGCCCGCCCAAGCUGCCAGCGAGGCGGCGGAGCCAGAAGCUGCCGCCAGCGAAGCGGAGCCAGAAGCUGCCGCCAGCGAAGCGGAGCCAGAAGCUGCCGCCAGCGAAGCGGAGCCAGAAGCUGCCGCCGCGGAGGACAGGGAGGCUGCGCAGAAGCGGCUCAAGGCGCUGAAGGUGGCAGAGCUGCGCAGCGAGUGCGAGCGCCGCGGCCUCGUCGCCACCGGCGUGAAGGCCGCUUUGAUAGCGCGAAUCCUGGAGGCGCUUUAG